AUGGACCUGCCUUACAACCGGCCUACAAGCCCUCAGUCCAUCCUCUCUCAGCCUAUUGCGGACAAAGUAGGUCCACACCCAGCUGUUUUAGACCUAUACACAUAUGGAAGAGGUCUAUCUGAAGCUAGAGCUUCUCUUCUUGCCAAAAGAGGUUUUGUGGUCUUUACAGUGUCAUUAUAUGGGGCUGAUGACAAUCCUAAAAACGUGACCAAGAUCCAUCUGGAGUAUUUUGAGGAGGCGAUUCAGUUCUUGAAAAAUCAGCCACAGGUUUGCGGCUCUGGAUUAGGUUUGUUGUCACUGUCCAAAAGUGGUGAUCUAGCACUGUCCAUUGCCACUUUUCUGCCAGGCAUUGCUGCUACCGUAUGGAUCAAUGGUUGCAAUGCCAAUGCCAUGAUUCCUCUUCACUACAAAGGCACAGUCAUACCUCCCCUAAUGCUUGAUACCAAAAGAGUCUUUGCUACCAAGUCCGGGGCCUUAAAUGUGAAAUAUGUUAUUAAUGACCCCAUGGCAGAGGAUAAUCAGGCAACGCUCAUCCCAAUUGAGAGAGCCAAUGGAAGGUUUCUCUUUGUUGCUGCAGAGGAUGACCAAAACUGGGACAGUUGUUAUUUUGCAUAUCAGGCAAUGCAUCAACUAAAGCAUCAUGGGAAGGAUAAUUACGAGUCAGUAUUUUAUCCUGGAGCAGGACACUACUUAGAGACACCCUACAUGCCCUUCUGCCCGUCCAGUAUUCAUGGUGUUAUUGGAAAGCCUGUUGCGUGGGGAGGUGUGCCCAGGUCCCAUGCAGCAGCAGAGGUCGACCUUUGGAGGAGGAUUCAGGAGAUCUUUAGAACUAACCUGGCAAAUGAUAGCAACUUGAGUAAAGCCAAGUUAUAAAAUGUUUAAAUGAAAACUGGAUAAAUAUGUGGUGCCCCCCCCCACCCCAAACGCCUACUACAAUGAAACCCAUAGAAACCCUUCCUUUGGAAGAAGGAUAUCAGGAAUAUUGUCACAGAGCUGUUGUCCUGCCUUUUAUAAUGACAAGUUAUCCAGACUAUAUUUAAACUGUUUUGAUUGCAAGAUUAAGAGAAACACAUCAUUUUAUUUAUGUAUAUUGUUAUGAUGGUUUGUGCCUUUUUCAGAGAGGAUUGGCUGUAAAAGAACAGACAUUCAUGUAUUUAGAUGCCAAACAUUUGUUACUUGCUACUAUUGUUCACUUUUCAUUAAUGUAUUACAAUAAUUAAAGUUACCACUAGCAAGUGCACAUGUAUUAAAUGCCUGUUUGGCCCCCUGUACCAGAGGCAACAAAGCAACCCCACAGAAUUAUCAAACCUCCCCCUGUGUUUGAUUGAAGGAAGGGUGUUCUUUUCUUUGAAUUCUUAAGUUGGUCUUUGGUAAACAUAGGAAGACCCCACCUCUGAUAGAGACACACAAAACCCUGAUUGAACUUAACAAAAAAAACACCAUAACAAGCCUGAAUCUCGGGGGAAAUGUUCUUUGCACAGAUGAAACCAAAUUAGAACUCUUUGGCAAUACAAAUCAGUGCUAGGUUUCCUGACGACCAAUUGAAGCAUUCAAAGGGGUUGCUUUGCUGCCUCUGGUACUGGGGGCCUUGAACGUGUGCAAGGCGUCAUGAAAUCAGAAGAGUAUCAAGGUAUUUUGGAGUCCAAUGUUAAGCCCAGUGUACAAAAACUGGGUCUCCUUCGAAGGUUGUGGGUCUUCCAGCAAGACAACAACCACAAACACACAUCAAAAUGCAUGGAAUGGUUCAAGAAAAAAAAAAUACUGAACUCUUCUGGAGUGGCUAGCAUUGAUCCCAUGUGGCUCAGUUGGUAGAUCACGGUGCUUACAACACCAGGGUUAUGGGUUUGAGUUAUUUAGCUAGGCAAGUUAGUUAAGAACAAAUUCUAAUUUACAAUUACGGCCUACUUCGGCAAUGCUGGGCCAAUUGUGCGCCACCCAAUCACAGCCAGAUGUGAUACAGCCUGAAUUUGAACCAGGUACUAUAGUGCCGCCUCUUGCACUGAGAUGCAGUGCCUUAGACCGCUGCGCUACUCGGGGAGCCCGAGUGAAUUGGAGUGGCCAAUAUUGAUUCCAUGUCUGAAUCCCAUCAAAAACCUAUGGCGAAAUCUGAAAAGUGCAGUUGGUCGAAGGCACCCAUUAAACAUUUCAGAAUUGGAGCAGUCUGCAGCUGAAAAGUUUGUUAAACUUCCAGUAGAAAGGUGCAGCAAGCUCAUACUACAAGAAACAUUUGUGGGCAGUUAUUUUGACCAAAGGCUGUGUAACCAAGUAUUAGCUCUUUGAUGGGAAUAAUUUUGUCCAUUAGGUCCAUGCCAUUUUCUUUUUCUUUUCUAAAUUCUAUACUUAAGUUUCAAAAAUAAGUGUUUCUACAAUGAUGAAAAUCCAAUACAAUGGUGUGGAGGCCAACAUAAAUAAAUAAAUAUAUAUAUA